AUGAACUCAACUUCCCCUGCGUACGAGGCCGCCGACGUGUUGUACGCCAACACCGAUUUCAGCCAGCUUAAUUGGCUAGAGGCGCAAUGGGCGGCGUGGUAUCUCUGGAUCGGUAACCCCGUCAUCGCGACCGGUCUCAUGAGUUUCCUUCUCCAUGAGAUUGUCUACUUCGGUCGUUGCAUCCCUUGGAUCAUCAUCGACUCCAUGCCGUACUUCCGCAAGUGGAAGCUCCAGCAGAACAAGCUCCCGACAGCCCAGGAGCAGUGGGAAUGCACCAAGCAGGUCCUCUACUCGCAUUUCACGAUUGAGUUGCCCAUGAUUUGGUUUUUCCACCCCAUGGCGGAGAUGUUCAGCAUGUCGACAUGGCAGGUUCCUUUCCCGUCGUGGAAGAUCAUGGCUCCCCAGAUUGCGUUCUUCUUCGUCUUCGAGGACAUAUUUCACUACUUCGCCCACCAGGCGCUUCACUGGGGUCCGCUCUACAAGCACAUUCACAAAAUCCACCACAAGUAUUCCGCGCCGUUCGGUCUCGCUGCGGAGUAUGCCCACCCUGCUGAGGUCAUGAUUCUCGGUACUGGCACGAUUGCCGGUCCUCUCCUCUACUGCUACUUCCGCCGCGACCUGCACAUCCUUACCAUGUACGUCUGGAUCACUCUCCGGCUGUUCCAGGCCGUCGACGCCCACAGCGGCUAUGAUUUCCCCUGGUCGCUGCAGCAUAUCGUCCCCUUCUGGUCCGGCGCUGAGCACCACGACUUCCACCACAUGGCGUUCGUCAACAACUUCUCCACCUCCUUCCGUUGGUGCGACCGCCUUUUCGGUACCGAUGACAAGUACCGCCAGUACCGUGCGCGCGUCAAGGCCAUGCAGAAGCUCAACAUGACGGAGGAGGAGAUUGCGGCGCAGGAAAAGAAGAUGAUGGAUGAGGUCGAGGCAGAGGGCGUCAAGGCAGAGGCCGUUGCCGAGGCGUACAAGUACGGUAGCAAGACGAAGGUCGCAUGA